UAGUAACAAUGAAAAUGGCUCCCUCUUUAGUGAGAUUAUAUGAAAAAAUGCCCGAACCUAAAUAUGUUAUUGCUAUGGGCACGUGUACAAUUAAAGGAGGGAUGUUCAGUACUGAUUCUUAUAGUACUGUUCAGGGAGUCAAUAAGCUAAUUCCUGUGGAUGUCUAUUUGUCAGGCUGUCCCCCUAAACCCGAGGCAGUUAUAGAUGCUAUAACAAAACUUCGUAAGAAAAUAUCUCGCGAAAUCUAUGAAGAUCGAAUUAGAUCUCAACAGGGGGAUCGGUCACCAGGCGGACUGUUAGCCAGUGUGUAUCAUCUUACGAGAAUAGAGUAUGGUGUAGAUCAACCGGAAGAAGUAUGUAUAAAAGUAUUUGCUCCAAGGAGUAACCCUAGAAUUCCGUCUGUUUUCUGGGUUUGGAAAAGUGCGGAUUUUCAAGAACGAGAAUCUUAUGACAUGUUGGGAAUCUCUUAUGAGAAUCAUCCACGACUGAAACGUAUCUUAAUGCCCGAAAGUUGGAUAGGGUGGCCUUUACGUAAGGAUUACAUUGCCCCCAAUUUUUAUGAAAUACAAGACGCUCAUUGAAUGAUAAGAAACUAAUUACAACUUCAAAUAUUCAAGGAAUAUUUGUACAUUCUCUUCUAGCUCAAACGGAGGAAUUGAGGUUUCAUUCGUAUUCUUAUGGAUAGGCUAAUAAAUAAAAAGAAAUAAAAGACAAUACAUCAUUGAAAUUCUCGAUUUUUGAAGAUACCUUUUUAUUUUAUUUCGGACGAGCCGAGACAAUAGGAUGAACAACAAGGGUUCUAUACCGUGAACUUUGUAUCGCGCACAUCACUUAGAUGAACUCUAGAGAGUCACAUAGAAAGGAAUGAAGAAAUGGAAUAUGAAAGAGAAUACAAAUAAAUAAAUGAAAGGGAAUCGGAUUCUAUUUGUACUGUAGCUGAGAUGAGUCUUGGUUAUUUCUAUCCUUGAACUCCUCUAGACCAGACUUUUGGUUGGGCCUUUCAACCAACUAUUUUAAUCUUUUUUUUUUAAUUAAAUAUGUAUGAAGUAUUAACAUUCUUUUUGAAUGUGAGGAGCCACAGCGUGAACAAAUAAAAAAGAAGAGGAAAGAUAAUGAAAUUUUUUUCUUUUACUACAUUAUUUAUUUUUUUUACUACAUUAUAAUUAUAAUAGACUCUUUGCUCAUCUAAAAAAUAGAAACAAAAAAAAAAAAAAAAAUAAAUAAAGAGAGGGUUUACUUCCAGAUAGCUAGCUAGAUAAGUAUGUAUUAUGUCGAUCUAUAUCAAUUAAUUUGUAGAGUAGAUACUCAUACAAAUUAAUCAUACGCCGAGAACCAGAUUUGAACUGGUGACACGAGGAUUUUCAGUCCUCUGCUCUACCAACUGAGCUAUCCCGACCAUUACCGACGCAUUAUCCUCAUAAUACUAGAUGACUUGGGUCUAUGUCACUUAAAAAUGAAAACAAAAAAAAAAA